ACGAAAUCUCCAAUAUACCAACUGCAAAGAAGAUAACACCUUCAUUAGCAUCAGGAUGGUUCCAAGAAAGGUGAUAGCAACUCUUCUGCUCCUCUACAUGAUAGCCAUGCUGGCUAAAGAGAGUGAAGGGUACCUUGCCUUCUAUAGUCGUGAAGAUUUCAGAAGAAUGCAGGAGAAAGAGAAGAACCCAACACAGAAGAAAUCGCUUGAUGCAAGAGAUUUUUUUGAAUUUGCAGAAGAUGAAGGGCAAGUAAUCAAGAUGAUUGCUCCAGUAGAAAUUGGAAUACAUCUGAACUCCAGACAGUUGGAAAAAUAUCAAGAUGUCUUGAAGGAGCUCCUAACAGAGAUGCUGCCAGAUACUAAGAAUGGUACUAGAGAAAUCUUAAAAUUGGCCUUUCUUUUUCCUUGGAAGUUAUCUCAGUCAUGAGAUUUCAAGAAUAUCUUAUGUCUUGUACCACGUUUUUACAAGGUAGUGUGUAGGCUCUGUGCUUUUUUGAAGAAAUAAAUAUCCCCCCGCCCCACAAAAUAAUACACUGCUAGAAAACAUACUGAAGUCUGCAUUAGCACAAAAGUUAGAAAUACUGUAGAUCUGUAUCAGUAGUGCAAAAGCCCUGUGUUUUGGAAGCUUCUCAGCUAUUAGAAAUCAUAUGUCUGAUGAAGGACAAUUGUACUGUCAGUUUUCAUCUUCUGUACUGCAUUUCUAGGUAAUUUUAGGCAACUUUCACUAAAGUUACAGGAAAAUUUAAAACCUGUGAUUAUAAUGCAUUAUGACUUGAUAUCUUCUGCUUCCAAGUAGAUAGUGCAUUUUGUCACUGAAAUUAUUACCAAAUUUAGACAUUAGUUGAACGGUAGGCUUGCAAGUAGCGAUAGAUUGUGAAUAAAUUUGAUAAGGAAAGACAAUGAAAUAUGAUUAUCUUUCAGUUUCUGUACAAUGGCUUAACAUGAUCAUUUAAAAAGCUACUAUACUAGAGUCCAGAUUGUGGGAAACUGUGUAAAACCAAGAAUCAGGAAAUACUAGACAGAGAAUUAUAUCAAAAGUCUCUAUGGCGUGCUAUAGCAAAGUGUUCCAAGUACAUCCAUAACCAGAGCAAGAUCUUCAAAACUGUCAUGUUGGCUCCUUAGUUAAAAAUGUACACACCAUACUGUAUUCAGAAUUAGCAAUAGUCUAAAGAAGGAAAAUUACAGUCCAUCAUAUACGUGUGAUUCCUACCAUAAUGUCACUUGAUUUCAUGCACCUCUUUGUUUUGCUUUUUUAAUUGAUAGAUCAGGAUAAGCCAGGCUGAUCCUGCUUACAGUCUGCACAGUAUUAAUUCACAGACUUAGACUUUUGGCUGUUUCAUCUCUGUAGCUAACUGCUGUUCUAAGAAUUAGAAGAGCAGGAGACUUUCUGCAAAUAUACAAGAGUCAAUUUACUGGAAAUGCUACUGUGGGGCACUGUGCUGCAGAAAAACAUUGUGUAUGCAAACUAAUAAAAUGUGAAGCUUCAAUAUA